AUUCAUUGACAUAUUAUUCUAUGUCUAUGAAUGUUGGAAAAAUCUACAUCAACUAUGAUUUUUAUUUAUCGGUACAGUAAUUCAAUUAAUAAUGAAUUGAUCUUGAUUUGAAAAAUGUAGGACACAGUACUAAUGAGUUAGGAAAGAUAGUUCAUUUUUGAAUAAUAUAGUCAAAGGAGAAAUGGCAGAGUCAGUUCCUAUUCAGGAAGGUUUUUUGUGCCCUAUCUGCCAUAAAGAUCUUCGUUCUCCCCAAAAAUUAAUUGCCCAUUUUCAAGACUUGCAUUCUGAAGAACAGGAUAUAUUAAAAUCCAUAAGAGAAUUCUAUGGAAAAGCUAAGAAAAAAAUUCUCAAAUUGGAUGAACAAGAUUUAGAAACCUUUAAAAAUGAGCUCACUCUGGAAAAUCUCUACUUGGAAUUCAGUGAACCACAAGCACCAGGAUGCUUUACAUCACAUUUAGAAUUAUUCAAAGAAAUUCGACGUGAGAGGUUAGAUCAUCAAACUGCAGAAACAAACAAAUUAAUAAUUAGAUUAGACAAGUUAUUGAGAUUAGAAGGAACUGAUAGAAAACAACAAGAACAAAUAGUAGUUGCUUGGUUAGAUGGAAGUACCGUAACAAGAUGUCCAUCUUGUGCAGCAAGUUUCAACAUUACCAGAAGACAGCAUCAUUGUAGAUUGUGUGGGAGUGUAAUGUGUAAUGAUUGUUCAACAUUUCUUCCUUUUGAAAGAGCUCAGAGUAUUGUAGCUCCUGUACAGAACUUAGGCAUAGGUAAUAAAGAAGGUAUCAAAGUGAAAGAUAAUGAACAAUUCAGGAUAUGUUUUCAUUGUUCAAGUAUGAUAGAGCAAAGAAGGAUUGUACAGGCCGAACAAAUGAUGCAACCAAUAAUAUCUCAAUUAUAUGCUCACCUCCAGACAAUGAAGUCUCAAGUUCAAUCAAUGGUUGAUCUAUAUAAGAAGAUGUAUGUCUCUCUAACUGGAGGAGAAGCCACUUUUCAGCUUCAAGAUGCUCAAACUUUGAAAGCAUCUAUAGGAUCUAAAGCGGAAAUAAUUGAUACAAUCAGUAAGAAAAUUGCUAACUUACCAAUAGAUGAUUUUAAUCCCAAAGUACAAUCUCUUCAAAACAGUAUUCGAAGGGCAACAUCCAAUUAUAUAAAAGAUUAUCUAUUAACUCUACCACCCCUUCCUUCUAUACAAGAGAUAGCGGCUAUAAAAGAAAAUCGUUUGCUGAAAUUCGCAGAUGAAGAAACUACACAAGAUAAAAACCAAAUAAGAAUAAAAAAGGUAACAGUAACUACAGGCUGGUCUCCCUCUAGUCUUGAAAAUACGGUGAAAACUGAAGAUGAUCCAAUAAUAGAACAGAUUAAUAUCGUACGAGACUAUAUAGCGCAAGCUAGAAAAGCCCAAAGGUUUGAGGAAGUUGCAUCUCUAGAAGAGAAUUUGAAAAUGUUGAAAGAAGCAUAUCGAAAAAGUCAAACUUCUGAACAGGAACAAAAGUAGAACAUAAGAGAAAUAAAAAAUAUUUUAUUUAAAAUAUACAUGUUUAUAAUAAAUAUUAUAUAAAAUUAA